AUGGCAGGGGUUGGUAUGGCUCCAUGCCCCCCGAUCCGAGGCGCCCUAGGCGGCCUUUUUGCCAGAAAUAACUCUCGCUUUGCUACAAGCCAGGACCAACCCGCCAGUACCGAGAAAACACCUGCUUCAGUGCUCAAGCACAUCGUCAACUUUUUCAAGUGCAACGUAAAGGGAGAGAAGCAGCCGCUCUCAGAGAAAGUAUGUGAUCGACUUACCUACAUGCCCAAGUUCAAAAGGCACCCAGAGCCCAAGAGGCACCCAAAGCCCAACGCCGCUGCCAACUCUCGCAAGCUGAAUCUCGAGAUUGCCCUCUGCUUUCAGAGACUCAAGAAGCAUAUGAAGAAAAACAAUGCUCGGCAAAGCUCUGAACCACUCUUGGUCCCGGCCGAGCAAGGCCAAUCUUCCACACCCGACAGCGCCACCUCCACCCAGCCCAAUGUGUUUGUUCUGGAGGGCCAUAACGAUGAUCCGAUAUGGUUUGAUCAAGUGAGGCCCGAAGGUGCGAUCGACAAGAGCAUGAAGGUGUCCGAUAUGGCAAAGGCAAAUGUCGUUCUGCUUACCGUGGGAUCAGUGAACGAUCCACUCCUAACUAAGCGACUGUCUGAAAUACCGGAUGAAAAGUCCAGAGUUAUUGUCGCUUCACGCAACUUCCGGCUUAAGGGAGUCCCAAACGACCGCUGCGCCAUUGUCACAGCUAAUCCUUCGGCCGAUUUUGACGGGACCUCGGCUAUCGACAUCUCGACCAGAGUUGAAUUACCAUGCUUCCCUGCAUCAAACUUCUCGAUCGGCAUUGUUGCGAACGAUCCGCAGACGGCACUCGACUGGGUCAACCACCGGCGUGACAUUCCAGAAACCCUGCAGGUAGGUGAUCAUAGGAUCACCCUCAUCACGAACCACAACCCUGAGCACGGCAGUCCAGUGGAUGGAUACAUCGUUAUCGCAGAAGACAACUACGAUACAAUCGCGCUGCCUGAUGAUCCUCGCCCCAUAGUAGGGGUGUACAAGGAUCCAGACAUGGAUGCGCUCACGCAACUGCCGGGUGCAACAAGAACCAUCCCAAUGGCCGUCUGCCUUUCGGACCCAGUGCCUGCUCUGCUAAAGCGUAUCAUCUUCCGGAAGCUUGUGGAGAAACAAAGGCUUGACAGAAACUCACUUGACCGAGUUGCACGUUCCAUCAACACGCAGUCACCGAUGCCCACCAUCAGCGAAUAG